GCAGCUCGCCUCAUUCCGCUGCUUUGUCAGCAUCCAUUCUGUGAGAACCUAUUCCGGAGAGUCGCCGGCUACAUAACACACAAAUUGGAGAGGAAGAAAGGAGAAAAUCCACUGAUGAAGGAUCUUGUGGAAAAUAACGCAUAAUCAGGACACACUGGCAAUCCCUGUCACCUCUUAUAGCAUUGGCGGAGGUGUGUGAAAGUUUUCAUCCUGGGGGGGAUACCCUCCCCUUGAUGUGAGGAUGAGCAGCAGAUGCUGAAUUUCACUCCGAAGGCAGGAGCGCUGUGAGGACCGGCUGGUGGAUUCACUUGCAUUGGAGCUAGUUGCCCACACCAGAAAAGAUCCUACACUGGCUUUUUUUCUUCCCUUUUGCCUUUUCUGUUUUCCUCUCUCUUUCUCAGUCUCUUACAAGAAACAUCUUUCAGUAGAACACGUUACAUUAUUUUACCUUGGCAAGGUGGAGUAUCAGGGGGAACCACUGCAAAAGAAAUCAUCCUGAACCAGGAAAGUCAAAGGAAAUGGAUUAUGAACAAAUGUGGUAAAGGACGUUCAGUUCACAGAAAUUCAGCUGGAGUCAGAAACAGCUCUGAUUUGGUUUCUGGGUCUGAGAGACUUGGAUGAUUUUUUUUUUUGCAUUUCAUUUUCCCGUUUGGUGUGGAGCAGCUUAUUUUCUGACAUCUUGUGGUCUGUAACGGUUUGGAAGGAAUUUCAAGACUGAAUCUGCACAGAGACCUAUCAGCAUGAAGCAGACAUGUUCUUCAGCUCUGCCCCAGUAUUACCCUGGAGUAAGUGACCUGUGAAUAGAGCCACACUGAGGAUUUUUGAAAGAACUUCCUUCCUUCUGUAACACCGAACAGACAUCCAACGCCCUGAUAAAAGACUGAGAGUGGGGAAAACAACAGCACAAGAAGCGGGAGAGGAAAAGGCCAUGGCUGAGAGGAUGAUUACUUCUGAAAGUGAACCGUGACAGAAUGGUGGACUGUAUGAGCAAAGUCAUGCUGCACACGGCCGUCUCAUGCUGGCAGCCAUUCCUGGGAUUGGUCUUUGUGGCUGUCUUCGUAGGUUCCAGCUUGGGAUGCCCCUCACGCUGCGAGUGCUCAGCGCAGACCAAGGCGGUUGUCUGCCACCGCAAGCGCAUGCCCAGCAUCCCAGAUGGCAUCCCAACUGAGACCAGGAUCCUGGACCUGAGUAAGAACAAGCUGACAAUGAUCAACCCUGAUGACUUUGCUCCUUUUCCUGGGCUUGAGGAACUUGAUCUCAGUGGAAAUAUUAUCAGCUAUGUUGAGCCUGGAGCUUUUAACGCUCUGUUUAACAUGCACUCACUCAGUCUUAAGAGCAACCGUAUCAAGCUCAUUCCUCUGGGGGUCUUCACAGCCCUAACAAAUCUCACCCAACUGGAUAUAAGUGACAACAAAAUCGUAAUUCUCCUGGAUUAUAUGUUCCAGGACUUGCAUAAUCUAAAGGUUUUGGAAGUGGGCGACAAUGAUCUGGUUUAUAUUUCUCACCGUUCUUUCAGUGGACUCAUAAGCCUGGAGACACUAACCUUAGAAAGAUGCAACCUUACAGUUGUACCCACCGAGGCCCUUUCCCACCUGCACAACCUGGUCAGUCUUCAUCUACGUUACCUCAGCAUUAGCACUUUGCAUCCGUACUCAUUCAAAAAGCUGUUCCGGCUGCGACAUUUAGAAAUUGAUAACUGGCAUUCACUGGACCAUGUGCCAGCCAAUACCCUGCAUGGCCUAAACUUGACCACGCUGUUUAUAACCAACACCAACUUGUCUUCAUUCCCCUACCAAGCUCUUAAGCAUCUGCCCUACCUGACACACCUCAACCUGUCUCACAAUCGCAUCAGGCAUAUUGAAGGCGGUAUGCUGAUGGAGCUGGUUCGGCUUCGAGAGUUGCAUCUUGCUGGAGCUCAACUGAGCACCAUAGAACCGUACGCUUUCCAAGGGGUUCGGGGUCUCAAAGUCCUCAAUGUCUCUCACAACCGACUGGAUACUCUGGAGAAGGGCGUGUUUCAGUCUUCUGAGACUCUGGAGGUUCUUCUAAUUGACAACAAUCCAUUAGUGUGUGAUUGUCGUCUCAUGUGGAUCCUACAGAAAAGGCACUCCAUCUUCUUUGGGGAUUCCCAGCCUGAAUGCAACACACCGGAAGGUAUUCGUGGACAGCCUUUUAAGGAGUUUAAGGAGACUCUUCUCUCUUAUUAUGUGACAUGCACCAAGCCAAAAAUUCGUGAGAAUAAAACACAAACAAUCACUGUGGAUGAGGGCCAACAGGCGAUGCUGCGCUGCAGUGCUGAUGGGACACCCAGGCCCAGCGUGUCCUGGAUGUCCCCACGUCGACGAACGCUGACAAACAAGAGCCAUGGAAGAGUGAUCGUGCACAACAAUGGCACACUGGAGAUAAAGUCGGCAGAGAUGCAAGACAGCGGAGUCUAUGUUUGCCACGCCUCCAACUCUGUAGGAAAUGACACCCUGAUGACGUCAUUGGCGGUGAAAAGCCUGGGAUCGCUCUAUGCUAACAGAACCCAGUACCACGUUGAUCCCAACAAUACCACUGCCAACGGGACAACCCAUGUAACCCUCGGUUUGGACCUUAAAACUAUUUUAGUGUCAACAGCUAUGGGAUGUUUCACGUUUUUGGGAGUGGUCUUGUUUUGCUUCCUGCUUCUUUUUGUGUGGAGCAGAGGAAAAGGAAAACAUAAAAACAACAUCGAUGUUGAGUAUGUCCCUCGGUCAAAGUCUAACGGCACAAAUGUUGACUCAGCAGAGGGUCAAGCUGGUCCUCGUCGUUUUAACAUGAAAAUGAUGUGAAUUAUUUUAUACAGACAGACAGUUCCAAGUCUGGAUUAUGAAAAUGCCCAAAGUACAAUGUGUCUUUUUUUCCCUUUCUUAUUUUUUUUCCUUUUGGAAACAGGACAACUGAAUUUCUCACAGCAGCAGGGAAAGUAAUCAUGAAAAUCUUUAGGGCAUCAUAAUACAAUGAGCAGUACCUUGAAUCACUGGAUCUUGACAUAAUGCUUGGAUUACGUGUUUCAAAUAUGAGAAACGGAGUAGAACUAUUACAUAAUUGCCAACUGGCAACUUCUCGGAUGAGGAGUGGAAACAGUUAUCGCUAUGAGGACCUGAAGGGAAAAGGUGUCCUGUAUCAUCUUUUUGAAGUUUAUAUGCCCAAAAAGAAGCCCUCGGUUUCAGGUUGACUCUUCAGACUCAGCUGGACUAUGUACAGUAAAAAUUUGUAUCUAAGCUAUUAACCUACUUUGUUUAGUCUUGCGCCAUGCUUAUUCACUGAAAAAAUAAGAAAAAAAAAAGAAAUGGACCAUUGUUUCUUUAGUUUCGUACUAUGUGUACCUAAUGCUUCAUUAUGUACAUGUAUGUACAUAAUUCAUUCAAGAGACACUAUUCAUAGCAAUAUUCAUGGGAUGCAUUAGCCAAAAUUGAUAUAACCCCAAAUGUUCAGCAAGGACCUUCUUCAGACUUUAAGUUUCCAUUGAAUCAGGAAGGGCUUCUAUGGAUGAUUAUCUGUCCCUUUUCUCCCAACGACACAUGGAUAUUGAUGAAAAUAUAGUAUUUACUCGUAAAAAAUAUAUGAAAAAAGAAUUUUACAAAAAUCAGUCUAUCAGCAUUGGUCAGGAUCAAACAUUAGUAUUGGUCAAAGCACCCACAUGAACCAUCCUUUUGUCCUUUUUUGUCCAUUUUUUUUCUUUAAGUGUAACUUCGCUGGUUGGCAAACUAACAUUUGCUUCAUUUUCCCAGUAGGAAAUUUGGACUUUGUUGUGGUAGUUCUUCAUUUUGUUGUUGAAUCAUUUAGAUUGUGAAAACUUCAAAAGUUUAAGAAAAAAAUGGAUGUGAAAUAAAUGAAGAUGUAUUUGUACCCAUGAGUCUGACUGAAUGUCUAAAAUGUAACAAAUCUUCUCCUUUUCAGCCCCGUUGAACGACAUAACUAUGUAUGAAUGUAUUGCUAA